AUGGGGCUGGGCUUGGCCAGAGCAUGUCCUGUCCCCACCACAACCAGGAAGGCCUUCGACAUUGGCAUGUUCAAAUCUCUGCUGCCAAGCGAGCUGGUGGCCUUCAAGAAAGCCAAGAAUGGAAAUUCCCUGGCAAAGGACUGGAACUGCAGCUCCCUCCUCUUCCCCAGGACCCGGGACCUGAAGCAGCUGCAGGUGUAGGAGCACCCCACAGCCUUGGAGGCGGAGCUGGCUCUGACACUGAAGGUCCUGGGGACGGUGGCUAACUCAUCCCUGGAUCACAUCCCAGACCAGCCACUUCACACGCUGCAGCACAUCCACUCCAAGCUCCAGGCCUGUGUCCAGGCUCAGCCCACAGCAGGCCCAGGCCCCAGGAGCCACUUCCAGUACUGGCUGCAUCGGCUCCAGGAGGCCCCAAACAAGGAGUUUCAAGAUGGCCCCAAGGCCUCUGUCACAUUCAUCCUCUUCCACCUGCUCUUGUGCUGCCAGAGGAGACCUGUGCAUCUGAGCACUGGGACCUACCCCAGCCCAUCUGGGAGCCCAGACCUUAUUUAUGCACUAACCCCAGCCCUGCCUUAA